AUGAGCGGAGUACCACACCAAUUGGCAAAGCACGAUGUCAAACCGUUUCUGUUACUGGUGCUUCUCUAUUUUCUACAAGGCGUGCCCGUUGGGUUAACUUUUGGAACGGUCCCUUUUCUGUUGAAGUCAAUGGCUAAAGGAACAACCUUCACUCAAUUAGGGGUUUUCACAAUGGCCACAUAUCCAUACUCCAUGAAGAUUCUGUGGUCGCCUAUCGUGGAUUCUAUCUAUAGCCGGAAAACCGGUCGGCGGCGGUCAUGGAUCAUUCCAGUCCAAUUUUUGAGCGGUAUCAUUCUGUGGAUCUUGGGUACAGCAAUUUCAAAAAACAUGGUUUUUUCGGGAGUGGAUGAUGCAUACCAUGGUGUAAAUGCGUCUUCGUCAAAUACAGCAUCUUCAGAAUUGAGCAUCUCUACUUUGACCAUAUGUUUUCUCAGUUUGAUCGCACUAUGCGCAACUCAAGAUAUAGCAGUUGAUGGGUGGGCCCUGGAGAUUUUGUCAAAGGAAUCACUCUCAUAUGCGUCUACUGCCCAAACUGUGGGCCUGAACACUGGCUACUUCAUGUCCUUCACGAUAUUUCUGGCUUUCAAUUCCGCUGAUUUCAUGAACAGAUACAUACGAGCCAUUCCUAAGGACCACGGAAUAAUAAGUCUUAGUGGAUAUCUCAAAUUUUCGGGUGCCUUGUAUCUGUUUGUGACAGUUUACCUUCUAUUUUUCACCACCGAAAACCCCACAGAUGCUCCAGCGCUACCGACGAAAAAGAAUGACGAGAAGGUUGACGAUUUCAUUGACUACAACUAUGAUACAAAUCCCGCUCACACUAGCUUGUCAGGCGUGUAUCGUUCAUUUUUCAAAGUUUUAAAACUCCCGAGCGUGCAGUCACUCAUGGCUAUUCAUCUCGUCAGCAAGUUAGCCUUUCAGUGCAACGAGGGCGCCACAAAUUUGAAGUUGCUGGAACGUGGUUUCAAAAGAGAAGACCUUGCUGUUACUGUUUUAAUUGAUUUUCCAUUUGAAAUCAUUUUUGGCUACUACGUUGCCAAAUGGAGCGCUAACGUUGCCUACGAAAAAAAAGCGCCAAUGACAACGAAUAAGGUAGUAAAAUUCUUGGUUGGGGAGCCGGGCACAUUGACGCCGUGGUUAUGGGGCUUUCUUGGAAGGCUCACAGCUGCAUUUUUGGCCAACGUGUUGAUCGCGUACUUCCCCGCUGAUGGCAAUAUCACUCAUGGAUAUUUUUUCAUGGUUAUAGUUCAGCACCUACUCGGCUCAUUUAUGUCUACUGUUCAGUUUGUUGGAAUCUGCGCUUUUCACACGCAGAUCGCAGACCCUGCAAUCGGGGGAACGUACAUGACAUUGCUUAACACUUUGAGCAAUUUGGGCGGGACGUGGCCGCGGCUUUUGAUCUUAUUUAUGAUCGAUCGAUUCACGAAGCACGCCUGUCGCUAUUCGAAUAAAAUAGCAAACGCAACGGAAGAGGAGCGCUGCAUCGCGGCGGGCGGCGAAUGGUUGACUAUAAAAGACGGGUACUUUGUCACCAACAUCUUUUGCAUCACUGUGGGUUGUCUGCUGUAUUUUGGUUUCAUCAAGAGAAGAGCCCAACAAUUACAGAGAUUGCCUCAAUCUUCAUGGCAGUGUCGUUAG